GCCAACCUCGUGAAUAUUCUGGACAAAAAACAAUCUUAGGCCUAUGACCCAAAUUCCCUCAGUAUUUUUUUUUGUGCACGGGUUAAGAGUCGGGUUGACAUGUUUGCGCACGGGAAAAGUGUAGUUGUCACGUUGUGUGUAUUGGUGAUUCUUCUUGGGAAAGUUGGAGUUAAUGCAGAAGUCGGAACUACAGUAUGUACUGACGGUGGAACGGAAUGUGACGCCCACACCAACACCGCCUGUGAUGUAGCGGGAGGGAGUCUCGUCUGUAUCUGUAACUUGGGAUAUGUUGCUGCUACUGACAACCUCGCAUGCACAUAUGAUUGCGGCGCGGAUCCUAAUCUUGCGGAUGGUUCUGCAGCCUCUACGUCUCUGACGGCCGUUACCUACAUCUGUAACACCGGGUUUGAACUUGUCGGUACAGACACCAUCAACUGUGUGGAGGGAACUGGUUGGGAAACUUUAACAGCAACGUGCCAAUGUCCAGUUUUGCUAGCACCAGAAGACGGAACUGUAAAUGCGGACACCGGAACUACAGCGGUCGGUGGAUCCGCCACCUACACGUGUAACAUGGGCUUCAAGCUGGUUGGGGAUAGCACGAGAAACUGUGUUUCCGGCACGGGCUGGGACGGCGCAGAACCCACCUGCGUUACAGAUUGUGGAGCCCUUGUAAGCACGGGUAAUCUCGGAGUGACCCACCCUGAUACUGUUCUGAAUUCUGUGGCCACUUACACGUGCAGUGGCGGUUUCAUCCUUGUGGGUACCAACACUCGCACUUGCUUAGAAGCUGGUUGGGAUGGGAUGGAACCCACGUGCUUCAUUGACUGCGGUGCUUUGACCGCUCCAACAAACGGAGCCGUGACCAACCCGUUAACGUACGAAGGCCAGACAGCCUCGUAUUCGUGUGACCCUGAUUACCAACUUGUCGGUAACGCCGCAAGAACGUGUCAAAACACCGGCGUAUGGGAUGGAACAGACCCUUUAUGUGUUGAAGGUCAGAAAAAGCGGCACUGUGUAUUGUAA